AUGUGUGAUUGUGCUCGAAACAAUUUAAGUGAAAAUGUAUUACUUAUUAUAAUUGACGAUUUGCGACAUCUAACGGGCAAAAAUGUCAAACUGCCUACCAUUGAAAAAAUCGCGGCAAAUGGCAUAACGUUUGAAAAUGCUUUUGCACAGCAAGCUCUUUGCGCUCCGAGUAGAAAUUCGAUGUUAACAGGCCGCCGACCCGAUUCGUUGCGGCUGUACGAUUUCUAUUCAUACUGGCGAGACAGCGUCGGCAACUUUACCACGCUACCUCAAUUAUUUAAGCAAAAUGGCUACGACACGUACUCUGUUGGCAAAAUAUUCCACCCAGGUGCAAGUUCUAACUUUUCUGAUGACUACCCUUAUAGCUGGACACAGGAACCAUACCAUCCCACAACUGAUAAAUAUAAAGACGCUGCCGUGUGCAAAGAUAAAAUAACUAAUAAACUACAAAGAAAUCUUAUAUGUCCAGUUGAUGUUAUUAGUCAACCUGAUCAUACGCUGCCUGACUUACAAACCUUGAAUUACGCGGUAAAUAUACUACAUGAAAGAAGGAAUAAAAGUCGUCCAUUCUUGCUAGCUGUGGGGUUUCAUAAACCGCAUAUACCUUUAAAAUUUCCGCAGGACUAUUUAGAUAGAGUACCGAUAGACAAAAUAUACCCACCCAAACAUCCAAACCUACCAAAGACCAUGCCAACAGUAGCGUGGCAUCCGUGGACAGACGUCCGGCAUAGAGACGACAUAGCCCGACUCAACAUAUCUUUCCCAUUCGGCACCAUGCCGCAUGAGUGGACGCUGAAAAUAAUACAGAGCUACUAUGCUGCAGCGAUUUAUGUGGACGACUUGAUUGGAUCUCUCAUGCAACACGUCGAUUUGAAGAACACCGUCGUUAUUUUAACUAGUGAUCAUGGCUGGUCUUUAGGAGAAAACGGCCUCUGGGCUAAAUACAGCAACUUCGACGUCGCAUUAAAGGUUCCUUUGAUUUUCCUAAUACCCGGAUUGAAGCCUAACACUAUAAGUUUUCCGGUAGAGCUCAUCGAUAUUUUCCCAACCCUAGCUGAGAUUACUGGUUUGGGUGAAGACAUCCCUAAAUGCACUAAAAAUAAUGAAAUUUUAUGUUUCGAAGGCAAAAGCUUGCUGGACUUAGCAACACAAACGGAAAAUGACACCGACGAGGAAUAUUUUGUAAUAAGCCAAUAUCCAAGACCAAGCGUAUAUCCAACGAAAAACUCGGAUAAACCGAAACUAAAGAAUAUCAAAAUAAUGGGUUAUAGCAUAAGAACAAAUAACUAUCGAUAUACAGAAUGGGUUUCGUUUAAUAAUACGCUUUUUACAAAAGACUGGAGUAAACUGUACGGUUUGGAACUUUAUGAUCACAUCACAGAUCCAUAUGAAGCACACAAUAUCGUUUCUAAACGGAAAUACCGCCGGAUUAGGAAACAUUUAUCUAAAUUACUAAGGGAAUCCGUAGGUCCAAGACAGAAUAAAAACAUGUGA